UAUUUAUUUAUGAUCAACACUUGAGCUGAGCCUUGCAAAUAAAUUGAAUUUGCAUAUCACAUUUAUGUACCGUUUUUUCUCAGUGUGGGUGCCAUGGAUCCUCUCAAAUCCUUCAACUCCAACAAGCAUCUCAAAGAAGAAUUUGUGAGCAAUUUGAGUGGAUCCUCUGUUCUCGAAAUCAUUGCUCUUACGAUUACUGUCCCUAUGUUGGUCCUUAUUCGACACUCCACUUCUGCAACUGGUGCCUUCUUGAAGAAGAAGAAUGAUGAUGCAGUUUCCAAGUCUAGUAAUUUCAAAGCAUACUUAUCUACAUUGUCUUUGGAUUUUAUUAUUAUUGUUGUUCCUAUGCUGUUGUGUUUCACGGUACUUUCAAACUGGACAUAUAUAUUCACAAUUUUGUUAAUGCUCUUAACAUUCGUUUGUAUUGCAGCCAAAAGGACUGCUGCUUCAUCUAUUUCUAUCAAAGGAGAGCACAAUUCUAUUCGAGAAUAUAUUACAUCAUACAGGGUGGUUGUGAUGAUUAUAACAUUCCUGUGCAUCUUGGCUGUUGACUUCAGAAUAUUUCCAAGAAGAUAUGCAAAGACUGAAACUUAUGGAACUAGUUUGAUGGAUCUUGGAGUUGGGUCAUUUGUAUUGGCGAAUGCAUUAGUUUCUCGGCAAGCACGAAAUAUCACAUCUGUAAAUUGGAAGACUGCAAUAGUUUCAAUUAGUCCACUGAUCACGUUAGGGUUUCUUCGUCUUGUCACUACGACUGGUGUGGAUUAUCAGGUACAUGUCAGUGAAUAUGGUGUGCAUUGGAAUUUCUUCUUCACACUUGCUGCCGUGUCAAUCCUUACUUCAUUUGUUAACGUUCCGCCGCAGUAUUCUGGGAUUUUUGGUUUGCUUGUCCUAUUCUGUUUGAUUCAUGGUUUGAGCGCAUACUUGCUUUCUGAUGAAAGAGGAAUGGAUAUCAUUAGUCAAAAUAAGGAGGGAAUUCAUAGUAUAUUUGGAUACUGGGGCAUGUAUCUUGUUGGUGUUCAACUGGGAAAUUAUCUUAUCUUUGGAAGCCAUUCCUCUGGAUUAAGAAGUACCAAAUGGGUUCAGAUUAGGGUCUGGAUUCUGUCCAUCGUAUUUUGGUUAUUAACUGUGUUUUUAGACAAGCAUGUGGAAAGAAUUUCGCGGAGAACGUGCAACCUGCCAUAUGUUACUAGUGUAUUGGCCGACAACCUUCAGCUAUUAUCAAUUCUAAUGCUGGGUGAUCUUAUUCCUGGAAGUAAAACUUCAGUACUAGAAGAAGCACUAAACCGAAACUUAUUGGCUACGUUUCUUCUGGCAAAUAUCCUCACAGGCUUGGUAAAUCUUUCUGUUGAUACCCUCUCUGCGUCAUCAAUUACAGCACUUUCCGUCUUGCUUGGGUAUGCCUAUAUUUUAUCCACGGUCAUUGGAACGGCAGAUUACUUCGGUGUGAAGCUAAAAUUUUGGUAAAGCAAACAUUUCUUGUGUUGUAGUCUGCUCAACUAGUGUUGCUGUUGUUGUUAUUAUUAUCAUUA